CGAAACUUGGGAACUAGACCCCUUUGGAGUUCGGUCAUAGUGGUCCUCGAAGCAGGGUUCAGUACUCGGUUGAUGCACGGAGAUACGCAUUUGAUACAGCGUGGUACAAUCCGGUGACAGCAGUGAAGCGGACAGGGGAGCGAUGGGCAGUCACCUGAAUGCCCAAUUCGACGGCGUCGGGCUUGAACGUUUUCCUGCAGAUGGAAAUUGUGUUGCACACAACUUCGAAAGAGUUUCUUCGUGUAGUGAUGGGAGUGAAGAAGGCAUUCGGCGGUUGGGUGGGAUGAUGCAUGUCAGAGGUUGGUCGUCAACCGAGACCAGAUCACAAGCCCUUGAAAGGGAAUGAGUUGGAGAUUAUAAGAAUCGGGCGAGAGUAGACAUUCACUUCGAAUGUAAUUUGCUGAAUGGCGGGCAGAGGAGCUUGAGCGAUGCCUGUAGAAACAGAGGGUGAGAACUUUGGGGGCAACUGGUUUGCAAGGGGAAGCGAUUGAGCUGAGUUCCUCUGGGUGCAUGCUCUCCGAUGGCCUUUGCAUAAAAAAUGCGGAAGUGUGAAUUUGGAAAAGUCUUAGCUUUGACUGGACACCGGUGCUGCGAGGUUAUUGAACGUGGAAUAGUGGCAGUAGAGCUGGUCAUCGAGAUGUGGAGAAUUUACUGAAGGAUGACACCUCGAACCUGGCGCUGAUGCAUUGGAGUGAGCGCAGAGAACUAUGGAGAAGCAGGCAUGUCACGUGGAGUGGGGACGAUUGAAAAUUAUAGGAUGUCCUCUCAUGACUGGGGCGGCAGUCGGGAGCUCCAAAAUUAUGCGGGUCGCUUGUAGGACGUCGCCGUUUCUGGUCCACCUUUUCGAAGACUCAAAUCUUGUGUCGAUUUGGCGUUUUUCAGCGGACCCUACUUUUAUGCUCUUUGGUCCUUCAUUUGAUGAAAAUCAUUGGAGCACGGAGGAACGGAGCAAGUCUCUUUGCAGUUCAUUACUUGUGAUUACGUCGGACGGUCGUGUGUGGCUUUUAGACUGCGCAAAGGAGUCCGAUUCAGCACUUGAAAGGCCUUCCAAGAAGAAAAGAGAAACAGUUCCCGAGGAGUUGCAGAAAGCGUUGCAGGAGGUAAUGUUUGACGAAUGUGACUUCCGACCAUUGCAUAUGGGGAAAUCUUCGCAGGAAGAAUGCUGGGAGGACCUGGAAGACGUUGCCAACCAUGGUAGUCAAAUGCCUGGACAACGGUGUAGCGGUGGGCCAAUCAAAAGAGCAGAACAUAAGAUGAAAGAGUUUGAUGAUCGUCAAGUUGGAACCCCGUCGUGUAAAGAGAGCAUCAACCCCACGUUAUUCUCGUCAUUUCUGGUAGAUUCGAAUCCGCAAUGGGAGAAAGUAUCAAGCGACACCUUUCCAAGGUUUGACAAUAAGCUCAAAGUCAAAUCGGUUUCACAAGAAGCCCUCUUGACUUAUGUACCUGGCACAUUAGUGGCUGCAUUUGGGCCGAAGAACUGCAUUGCACUGCUAGGUGUGACAGGAACUUUGAAAGUGCUUCAAGUGAGUUCCCGUGGCCUGCAUCAGAGCACAUUGAAACUAUCUGAUGCGACGAACUUCCGAUCCACAGAUGAACGGGAGCCAAGUUGUCUUCUCUAUGCUUGUGUGAGGUCUCACUGUAGAGCUUAUGAACAACCGGAGGGGAACGUCGCCUCGCUCGACGCCAAAUUUUUCGAGAAUCUGUUUGGAAAGUUCGACAUCAUGGUUUCUCCUUUUGGGAUCCUUCAUGGUGAUACGAAGGGCCGAGUCUAUGCUUCGUUGCUUUCCUCAGAGCUGUCACUGUCAUGCCACAGACUCCUUUGUGAGCUUUCUCAGCCUAUUGUGGCGAUUCUCAUUGUUUCAGCGAUUCAUGGUUUCGAUAGGAAAAGGGAUUAUCUUGAAGGUGAAGAUCACGUGGAGACUCUAGAGCAUGAUGGUCAUAGCUUGUUGAUCAUAGGUAUGUUGGGAAAGAUUAUCCUGAUUACAGGUACAAAGGAGUUAGUCGAGCAGAAGGACGAUGGGCCGUUUUGGCCUCCAAGCAACAACUUCUCGUGGAGGUGUAAAACCAAUACAUUGACAGGAAAGCAGCUCAAUCAGCAAAACCUUGAGUUUGUUGAGUGGGAGGUUUCUUCUCCCAUUACAUCUGCUUGCAUGUUAGGACCCCACCGCCUUUGUUAUUGCUCUAGGUCUGAAUUAUAUUACGCGGACUUGUUUCACAGUGUGGACGGUGUUCAGAUUUACCCCCACCAUUCAAAGACCAGAGAUUUUCUUAGUGCUGAGGUGAAAGACACUCCAUCUGUUUCUCACCUGAGGUCUAGUCAAAAUCCUCAGUCUUCCAUGUCGUACAAUUUGGCGAAAGAAACCUAUGUCAAAGAGCUUAUCUCCCACAAAGUGCCCGUUGCAGACGUGGUUGCGAAAAUUGCAGGCAGAGGCGUCUGUGGUGGGGGUGGAAGCAGCAGACCUUUGGUGGCCCUUACAACGAGGGGAAGACUUCUGGGUGUCGAAGUGUCAAAUCAUGUCAGUAGUCGUGCUUUAGGUGUUGCCGGGGGUAUUCCUAAAAGCUUGCGAUCUCUGCAGUCAAGAAUGGAAGAGAGAAUCCAGGGUCUUUUGCAACGUGUGGACGAGGUAUCAAAGUCCACAGACCUGAUGAAGAGUCAUAGCGCCAGUAUCACGAUCGCUCUCACCGAAAUGGCGAAUGCAUCACAAAUAGUGAAAGAAUUGUGUUCUGAGGAGAUAAAAAUGCGCCGACCUGACAUUUCUCUUUACGGAGAACCACCCAAAGGCAAGCUGUCUUCUUUUUUAACAGUUACAGAAUGCAGUCCAGUUAUUAUCUCCCCAGAAAGUCUAUCUUUUAGUCCUGGAACUGGAAAGUCUGUCCCCUUUAGGAGCUUCCAGUCCCGUAGGGCAAAGUUUGUGGUAAGAUUAUGCAACAAGAGUCUUCGCGUUCUCUCCCCAUACUGGUCUCUGCUUGUGGAGUUGCAAUCUGCAAAUUCUGACCACAGCGUUAUUAUUUCACUGCUGAUAAAUAGAGGCCUAGGUUUGCCAGUUGGUGGCCAGUUUACACAAGAGUUCAUCACUCAACUGCCUGGGAAAGGUCUGGGUCCGGUUAAUGUGAGUCUUUUCCUUUGUCACCAUCAAAUUUCCCAUCACUUGAUUGUGAAGUCGCAGUUAACUCUACUUAGCUCCACUGAAGCCCUGAUUAACACGGCAGAGAAUGAAAUGGAUUCUGGGCCGGCUUACUAUUUAACUAGCAACUUGCAAAGGAAUGUCAAUGGAUUAGGCCUAAAGAAUACUGGCUCUAUAGCAGCGAACCAAGCCUCAGGAGGAGUUUGUAUAUUACUGUCACAGUAUCGAGUAGACGUACUUUCCCUUUCGCAGACAGCACCUGCUCAACUGGGUCUUGGCUCUAUGGUUGAACUCAAAAUGGCUCAGAAAAAUGUGAAUCUGGAUUCGAUUCACUGUCGACUUUUCGAGAAAUUCUCAAGUAAAAUCACACUGACGUCUUUGAAGAGUACACCGUACUCUUCAAAUGAUUCUAAGGAAACUGUAAGAUUCUGGCGAGACUUCUACCUCGACGACUUAUUGGAAAAAGGAUUCAUAUCUAAGGCUGGAAAACAGAUAUCUCUAUUAGGAUAUGAUUCUGAAACUUUCUCCAUCUCAACAAAUGUGGGGAACGUUGGAGAGGAGUGCCCCUCUUUCGAAAUUAUGCUCGAGUCAUCUUCGCUUCUGGUUGGAGCACUUGUACGAGAGGCUUUGAUGUGGCGGCUGGACCAUAGCAAAUGCAAUUUCUCUGUGAAGGAAUAUUGCCCUUGGAAAACAACAGAAAACGUAGUCAAUUCUUUAGCGUCCGAAGACACAGGUGAUGAGACUCUGAUAAACAGCCCUGCAGAGAUCUUCCAAGAAGGAUCGGAGGAAUAUGUAUCGGAGCUUAAACCAAUGGAGAUAAGCGAUACUGUCACGGAACUCGACCAGCGGUUAGCUGUAAUUUUCGAUCUUUGGGAAGACGUCUUGAGGUCACCAGAAAGCGUGGAAUUUACAUCUGUCUUGAACGAAACCUGCACAACGAUUCAAGAGGUGAUGGUAGCAUACAGGACUUGCAGGGAAGAUCGACUUGAUUCAAUAAACAUCACUUCAAAAGGCUAGGAUCUUUCCAUCUGCUUUGUACAUUGCUACUUGAUCAAAGUUGUACAGCCACUCUCUUCUUACAAGAGGACAAGGAAAAUCUACUGUAUGCCUGCGUCCGAUGGUUGGUUGUGUGUAAAGGUAGUGAGACGACAAA